CUUACAACCAGGAAAUCAUCAGCCCGGUUUACGAGAAGAGACACAACACAGACACAGCGGUGUGGAAUAAAGAUCAUCUCCUCCCACACUGGCAUUCAUCAUCAGUGAAGCUCCUCCCACAACAUGCACAACACCAGUGAAGCUCCUCCCACAUCAAUCACGUCAUCAGUGAAGCUCCUUCCACUGUAAUUCCCCAAUAAACACUGUAAAUUCCCAUCAGCUACAAGUGAAGACGAGCAUGAAAGCAUCAGGAAGAGCUGAAAUCUGCAAAGACUGAGUUUACUAAAGAGGACAGUGAGAACAUGAGUGAUCCAGAACCCUGCAGAAGGAAACACACUGAAGAUCCUGAAGAACAAAGAGCCACAGAGAGUGAGAAGAUGCAGCAGAGGGGGAUUGCGCAAUUUGGGGAGGUGCUGUCUCAGAUGAAUAUUUUCGGGUGCUUUGCAUUAUGGGCUUGCAUCACCGUGGUAGAAUCUCCUGAGCCCCUUUCCAUCGAACACGGAUGUUUGUUUGAGGGAACCCAUCUGUCCAGGUUUUCUGGGGUCCGUGGAGCUCGUAGGAGAGGAGGUACUAGAGGUGAGUCCCGGCAUCACUCUCGUCUUCGGUCUCUCUUCGACCCUGGGCUGGUGAUGUCCAGCUCAGAGCUCCAUUCGCUUCCGAUUCCGCCCAGACCAGAGUCAACACAUCGCCAUCAGAGACGGUGGAGGAGGGGGAAGACCUCUAGCCUCCCCAAGUGCUCUGAGGCCGUGCCCCAUCCGCUCGACGUUCUUCCGGAGGCCCAGCCAGAGAUUGUUCACGUCACGUCUGCCCAGCCAGAGACUGUUCACAUAAGCCAGAGAGAGAUCAGGAGAUGCCAAUUGUCGGGGCCGAGGGGUGGCACUAACCGAAUAUUUGGAGCGUCGGGCUGGGAUCCUGGAGAGGCCUUUCAGACCUUUCGUGUCCGUGGUUCCUGUUCCUGAGCUGGAGCCGGUGUCUGCUGUUCCUGAGCCGGAGACUGCUGUU